CAACACAUCUGCAGUAAAAAAAACAGGUACUGGGACUGUAAAACGUAAUGGAUGAUGAGGCUAGGGUUUCUGUUACCGCCGAUAAUGUCAAACCCUCGUACUGGAUUGAUGCGUGCGAGGACUAUCCUUGCGACGAUUUGCUCCACGAAUAUGUCAAUUUUGAAUCCCAUGCCACGGCCACUGUUGGGAAUCCCACUAUUGUCUCCCAAAGCACCAUUCACGACUCUAGUGGUCUUGAUCCUUGUUUUUUCGGCGGGAUAGAUCACAUUCUGGAGAAUAUCAAGAAUGGUGCUCACGUGCCUUCAACCAACUGCAACGUCAGUGGACACGUAAAUCAGCGGUCAGCAGUGGAAUUUGACUCUUGUUGUCUAAACGAUCCCAAUAAUUUCAGUCACAAAGAUGGUAGUUCUGAACACCUAAACACCGCGACCAACAUGGAGCUGAGUGGAACUGGUUGUGGGAAGAUUCGAUCUGUAUAUAAAGUGAAUGAAUACUCGCAAGAGCACAUCAAUCAAUUUGAUGACAAAGGUAGAUAUGGCAAAAGGGGGCGUCUCAGUGAAAACAUGAAAGAGAGAAAAAACCCUGAAAGACCUCUAGGUAGGAAGAGACGUCGCCAGUCUAGUGAUGUUAGUAUGCGACCAGACAGGGAUGAAAUUAAAGGAAAAGAACGGCAAGGGUGUUUCAGGAGGCAGAGAGAUUGGAAUGAUGGAAGAGGCUAUUGGGAGAGAGACAAAGAGAGGAAUGAAAUGGUUUUCCGAACAGGUUACUGGGAAGCUGACCAGAACAGAGGAAAAGUCGUCCUCUUCUCUGGCAAACACAUUGAAAGGAAUGGAGGAGGAUUGGAGAUGAAACUUGAGAAACCUAAGGAACACCAAUGCCCUGAACAGCAGGCUCGUAAAUACCAAUUGGAUGUUCUUGAACAGGCAAAACAGAGAAACACUAUUGCUUUUCUCGAAACAGGGGCUGGGAAAACACUCAUUGCAAUCCUUCUUAUAAGAAGCAUUUACUCUGAUUUGCAAAAAAUAAAUAAAAAGAUGUUGUCUGUAUUUUUGGUUCCUAAGGUUCCAUUGGUUUACCAGGUGUCCUCUUUUAUUCUUCUGUUUUUAGUGAGGUUUUAUAUUUUUUCUCUAGCUCUUUUUAACUUUUUAUUUCUAUGAGCUGGAAAAAGUUUUUCAACUGUUCUUUUAAUGUAAUGCAGCAAGCAGAAGUCAUUCGUGAAAGAACCGGCUAUCAAGUAGGGCAUUACUGUGGUGAAAUGGGACAAGAUUUCUGGGAUGCUCGGCGGUGGCAGCAUGAGUUUGAGUCCAAACAGGUGUUAGUAAUGACAGCUCAAAUUUUACUGAACAUCUUGAGGCAUAGUAUAAUAAAAAUGGAAUCUAUUAAUCUCCUGGUUCUGGAUGAAUGUCAUCAUGCUGUGAAGAAGCACCCAUACUCUUUAGUAAUGUCCGAAUUCUAUCACACUACUCCAAAGGAAAGAAGGCCCUCAGUUUUUGGGAUGACUGCUUCUCCUGUUAACUUAAAGGGUGUUUCCAGUCAAGUGGACUGUGCAGUUAAGAUUCGUAACCUGGAGAUUAAACUGGACUCUGUUGUUUACACUGUAAAUGACCGCAAGGAGCUGGAGAAGCAUGUGCCAAUGCCAUCUGAAACCGUAGUAGAGUAUGAUAAAGCUGCUACUUUAUGGUCUCUUCAUGAUCAAAUUAAACAAAUGGAAGUGGCAGUUGAAGCAACUGCCCAUUCAAGUUCAAGAAAAAGUAAAUGGCAAUUUAUGGGUGCUCGAGAUGCUGGAGUUAAGGAAGAGUCGCGUCUAGUUUAUGGUGUGUCUGAAAGAACUGAAAGUGAUGGUGCUGCUAAUUUAAUUCAAAAGUUAAGGGCUAUAAACUAUGCACUUGGUGAACUAGGACAAUGGUGUGCUUUUAAGGUUGCCCACUCUUUCCUAACAGCUUUACAAAGUGAUGAGAGGCCAAGCUUCCAACCUGAUGUUAAGUUUCAAGAAUCUCAUCUCAGUAAAGUUGUCUAUCUGUUGCAAUGUAAGCUGAGUGAGGGAGCAGUUGCAGAAAGUAAUUUUCGAGUUACGGAUGCAGACCAUUGUAACACUCCAGAAAGUAACAUGACUGAUGAGAUAGAGGAGGGAGAGCUUCUGGACAGUUAUGUUAUGUCUGGUGGAGAGCAUGUCGAUGUGAUAAUUGGAGCUGCUGUUGCUGAUGGAAAAGUGACACCAAAGGUUCAGUCCUUAAUCAAAGUUCUUCUCAACUAUCAACACACAGAGGAUUUUCGUGCAAUUAUAUUUGUUGAACGUGUUGUUGCUGCUUUGGUUCUUCCAAAGGUAUUUGCAGAGCUACCCUCACUAAGUUUCGUCAAGUCAGCAAGCUUGAUUGGGCACAACAAUAGCCAAGAUAUGCGGACUAGUCAAAUGCAGGAUACAAUUGCCAAAUUCCGUGAUGGGCGGGUUAAUUUGUUAGUUGCCACUAGUGUUGCUGAAGAAGGUCUCGAUAUACCGCAAUGUAAUGUCGUCAUCCGCUUUGAUCUUGCAAAAACUGUUUUGGCUUAUAUUCAAUCCAGGGGCCGUGCUCGAAAGAAAUGUUCCGAUUAUAUUUUGAUGGUUGAAAGAGGAAAUUUGUCACAUGAAGCAUUUCUAAGGAAUUCUAGAAACAGUGAAGAGACCGUGCGGAAAGAAGCCAUUGAGAGGACUGACAUUAGCCAUCUCAACGGAGCCUCCAAUUUAGUCUCCACAAGAGCAUUGCCCGAUACAUUUUACGAGGUGGUUUCCACCGGUGCUGUUGUGAGCUUAAACUCUGCUGUUGGACUCAUCCACUUUUACUGCUCCCAGUUACCAACUGACAGGUAUUCCAUUCUUCGUCCUGAGUUUAUAAUGGAGCGUCUUGAGAAGCCAGGAGCACCAAUGGAAUACUCGUGCAGGCUUCAGCUCCCCUGCAAUGCACCAUUUGAUAGACUUGAUGGUCCUAUAUGUAGUUCCACUCAUCUUGCACAACAGGCAGUUUGUUUGGCUGCGUGCAAAAAGCUCCAUGAGAUGGGAGCCUUGACUGACAUGCUCUUGCCAGACAAGGGAAGUAGAACAGAAUCUGAAAAGGUUGAGGAAAGUGAUGAAGGUGAUACCCUUACAGGAUUGGCUAAGCACAGGGAGUUUUAUCCAGAAGGUGUUGCUGAGAUUCUCCAGGGAGAGUGGAUUUUAUUAGGGAAGGAACAUUCUAGCAGCUCGAAAUUCUUCCAUCUGUACAUGUAUGCUGUAAAAUGUGUAAAUGUUGGUUCCUCAAAAGACCCAUUCUUAACUCAGGUGUCAGAGUUUGCUGUGCUCUUUGGCAAUGAGCUGGAUGCAGAGGUAUUAUCAAUGUCUAUAGAUUUAUUUAUUGCUCGCACUGUGAUAACAAAAGCUUCUCUUAUCUUCCUAGGAUCAGUAGAAGUUACAGAGGCUCAGUUAGCAUCACUGAAGAGCUUUCAUGUGAGACUAAUGAGCAUUGUAUUGGAUGUUGAUGUUGAGCCAUCCACCACACCAUGGGAUGCUGCAAAGGCAUAUUUAUUUGUUCCUGUUUCUGGUGGUGAAUCUGGGAAAGAUAUUGAUUGGCAACUUGUUGAAAGUAUAAGUAAAACAGACGCAUGGAGAAAUCCCCUGCAAAGAGCUCGACCUGAUGUUUACCUUGGCACCAAUGAGAGAGCACUUGGUGGGGAUAGAAGAGAAUAUGGUUUCGGUAAGUUGAGGCAUGGUUUUGCUUUUGCGAUGAAGUCCCAUCCUACGUAUGGCAUUAGAGGUGCUGUGGCACGAUUUGAUGUGGUGAAAGCAUCUGGUUUGGUUCCUAAAUCUCUAACCGUUAAAAUACCUGAUGAUGUGAAAUCGAGAGAUAACCUCCUAGUGAUGGUUGACUGUUAUUCAAGGCCAGAAGACCUGAUUGGGAGGAUCGUCACUGCAGCACACUCGGGAAAAAGAUUUUAUGUUGAUUCCGUUCGGGAUGAGAUGACAGCUGACAAUUUAUUUCCAAGGAAAGAAGGAUAUCUGGGUCCCCUGGAGUACAGAACUUAUGCUGAUUACUAUAAGCUGAAAUAUGGAGUUGAUUUGUUAUAUCGGCAACAGCCUCUACUGAGAUGUCGUGGUGUUUCAUAUUGCAAGAACCUUCUUUCCCCUCGCUUCGAACACUCCGAAGUUCAAGAUAGUGAGUAUGAAGAGACCAAUGAGAAAACAUAUUAUGUUUUCUUACCCCCCGAGCUCUGUUUGUUGCAUCCACUUCCUGGUCCACUGGUUCGUGGGGCCCAAAGAUUGCCAUCUGUGAUGAGGAGAGUUGAAAGCAUGCUGCUUGCCGUGCAGCUUAAAGAUAUCAUAAGCAACUGUGUCCCUGCUUCAAAGAUCCUGGAAGCAUUGACAGCUGCUUCUUGCCAAGAGACAUUCUGUUAUGAAAGAGCAGAGCUUCUUGGGGAUGCUUAUUUGAAAUGGGUUGUUAGUCGGUUUCUUUUCCUCGAGUUUCCCCAAAAACACGAAGGCCAACUAACAAGAAUGAGGCAGCAAAUGGUGAGUAACAUGAUGCUGUAUCAAUAUGCAUUGGCCAAGGAACUGCAGUCAUAUAUCCAAGCAGACCGGUUCUCUCCGUCAAGGUGGACUGCUCCUGGUGUUCCACCUGUGUUUGACGAGGACACAUGUGAAGGGGAAUCAACGCUGUUCGAUGAUGAAAGUGGAGAAGGAAUGUCUCAUAGUACUGAUGAAUAUGGUGGAGAUGAGAUGGAAGAUGGUGAGCUUGAGAAUGAUUCAAGUUCAUAUCGUGUUCUCUCUAGCAAAACUCUGGCUGAUGUUGUGGAAGCACUUAUUGGCGUGUAUUAUGUUGAAGGUGGAAAGCAUGCAGCGAACCACUUCAUGAAAUGGAUUGGAUUUAAGAUCGAUUUUUAUUCCAGUGACUUUAAGAGAAGAGAGAUUGUGCCCAGUAACGUUCCUGAGAACAUACUGAGGAGCAUUGACUUUGAAGCACUUGAAGGUGCUUUGAACAUAAGGUUCAAUGAGAAAGGUUUACUGGUAGAAGCAAUUACACAUGCCUCACGCCCGUCUGCUGGAGUCUCUUGCUACCAACGACUGGAGUUUGUUGGUGAUGCAGUAUUGGACCAUCUUAUCACCAAGUACUUGUUCUUCACCUACACAGAUCUGCCCCCCGGACGCUUGACUGACCUGCGAGCUGCAGCUGUAAACAAUGAAAACUUUGCACGUGUUGCUGUUACACAUAACCUUCACAUACACCUCCGUCAUGGAUCUAGUGCUCUUGAAAAGCAGAUUCGAGACUUUGUUUUGGAAGUGCAAAAUGAACUGUCAAAAACAGAGAUCAAUUCUUUUGGUUUAGGGGAUUGUAAAGCUCCCAAGGUUCUUGGUGACAUUGUUGAAUCAAUUGCAGGGGCUAUUUAUCUUGAUAGUGGCUGUAACACAGCAGCCGUGUGGAGGGUAUUUCAGCCAUUGUUGCAUCCAAUGGUUACUCCAAAUACACUUCCAAUGCAUCCAGUUCGUGAACUGCAAGAACGGUGUCAACAUCAAGCAGCAGGCCUGGAGUAUAAAGCGUAUCGAAAUGGAAAUAUAGCAACUGUUGAGGUAUAUGUUGAUGGUGUCCAGGUUGGAAUAGCUCAAAAUCCUCAAAAAAAAAUGGCUCAAAAACUGGCUGCAAGGAAUGCCCUUGUUGCAUUGAAGGAGAUGGCUGUUGCUGCUCAAGCUAACAAGGGUCAAGAUGAUGAGCAUAAGAACAUUGGCAGCCACACAUUUACGAGACAGACCUUGAAUGAUAUUUGUUUACGUAGAAAUUGGCCAUUGCCAUUGUAUAGGUGUGUCCAUCAGGGUGGUCCUGCACACGCAAAGAGAUUUACCUUUGCAGUACGUGUAAAUACGUCUGAUAGAGGAUGGGUAGAUGAAUGCAUUGGAGAGUCUAUGCCGAGUGUGAAGAAAGCCAAGGAUUCUGCUGCUGCCGUUCUCUUAGAACUCUUUAGUAAGUGGUAUACAUGACGACGAUGCUCACUGGGAAUUACAUUGCCAAAUGAGUGCAAAGGAUGACAAGAUAUUAUUCUUAUAAUUUUGUUGAUACUGAUGUUUCGUUGGCCUUUUACUCUUCUUUUACUCAAUUGUUUUGAGUAAUGAGUUGUGUUGCUUUAAAUCAAGUAUUAAGUAACUUUAAGAUCUUUUUAUUACAUUAUUUAAUGAGUAUUCAGUUGAUCUGAAUAUAA